UAGCUUUAGUAUAUUUGCUCAGUUUCAGAGAUGACAUAAAUGUGCGGUAAGCGUGUCGAACUGUCCCAAACGGGAGAGGGGGUAAACUCUACACCGCGUUGAAAGUUUUCACGACACGUAAACAAUUCUACCCUGUAAAUACAGCGUUGUGUACGAGUUUUUUGUGUGACCGUUUACUACUUUUCACCAAACUUUUCCCUUUUCUAAGCGUGUGAAACACACGCCAUCCAAACACUAUGAGCGUACUUAAGACUGUCAAACGUGAUGCAAAGGUACAAAUAGCGCUGGAUAUAGCUGGAUACAUGUUUAAUACAAGAGGAGUGAGAAACAGAUUGUGAUUUGGAGACAAAACUCGGCAGAAUCAGUAACCGUGCAAAAAACAUUGUUAAAACUGACUUUGAAGAUGGCGUGUUCGAAAUCAAGAACCCGUUUGUUUGGCUACGUCACACUAACUGGAAGCUUGCUAACGUUUGUAAUGUACAUGUACCAAGGACAUACACAUAUUCUGCCUGCGAACCAGAGACAAACCAAUACAGAUAUUGUCUCGGUCAAAGUGAAAUCCAUGGUGCGUAAUGUUACUGCUAGCAAUGACGCCUCCCCUGUCUUCCCUGUCACUAAGGAGACAUGUCGCGUCCCCAACUUGGAUCCUUACGGACCUACCGUCAAAAAGUUCAUUAGAGUACAGAAGCACCAUCAGUGUCAACACUGGAAUCUGAUCACGUACCAGAAAGAUUUUAAAAUUACCGUUAACAGAACCGUUAUCGAGAAACAUUAUCAAACAUUUUCAAAGUGUUUAUAUCAGCCUUACGUAAAACAGAUUGGUACUGACAGAAAAGUGAAAUUUUUGCAAGGUAAAUUUUUAAGUUUUACCGAAUUCAUUGAAGUCACUGAUGAAUUUUGUUUGGUAAUUUGCGUUGAUACGAACGACACGAAGCUUACACAACAACAUUUUGCGUUUGUGAUCAGAAAUGAAACUUUAAUAAGAUUAAGACAGGAGGUCAGUAAUAUCACUGAUGGAAUGAACCUAUCAGCAAAAAGACGAAUGAAUGUGGUAAUGAUUGGUUUGGAAUCCACAUCUCGCUUGAAUUUCAUCCGGCAUAUGAAUUUUACAAAGAAUUUUCUUCAAAAUGCAAUGGCGGCCGUGGAACUGAUAGGGUAUAACAAAGUAGGGCUGAAUACGUUUCCGAACCUAGUUGCUAUGUUGUUGGGAAUUACAAAAGAACAAAUGAACGACACUCGAGGGUUCUAUGACGAGUAUCCAUUGAUCUGGAAGGACUUUAUGAGAGCCGGCUACGUUACCCUACUGGGACAGGAUGCGUCUUCGACCGCAGUAUUUCAAUAUUUACGUAAGGGUUUCAAAAGGGCCCCUGUGGACUACUACAUGCGGCCGUUCGUAAGGAGCUUGGAGGGGACCAACGUAAACCGUCAUCUCUGCUCAGGGAACACUCUUGUAUUACAGUCAAUAUUUGAUAAAUUGACUGAUUUCAUCGAAACCUACCACGAUGUUCCUCAGUUUACUUUCACGUUUAUAAGUAAUCCGACGCAUGAUAACCCUAACGGGCUAGGUGUUGUAGACUUGCCACUGAUGAGGACAUUGACUGAUCUCAAUACACGUGGAUUACUCAAUAAUACCGUACUGAUGAUAUUCGGUGACCAUGGCAGCAGAUAUGGGCCAAUUAGGAAUACAUUUCAGGGUCGACUGGAGGAAAAUUUACCUGCAUUUUAUGUCUCUCUUCCACACUGGUUUCGUAAAGAACAUAGUGAUUUAUAUGAAAACCUUAAAGCCAAUAAAAAUAAAUUAACCAGUAACGUUGAUGUUUAUGCCACUCUCCAUGACGUCAUUGAACUUGGCAGAGGUCACGUGACACCGAGGGUUGCCGGAAAAUAUGGCACCAGUCUUUUCAGAGAUAUUAGUACGAACCGAACUUGUGGUGACCUUAAAAUACCGAGUCACUUCUGUGUCUGUCAAUCACUAAUUGAGAAUUAUUCAACUAAAUCACAGAUUGUAAAGGAUAUGUCAAAUUGGCUAGUCAAAAAAAUCAACACAAAUCUUGUUAAUGUGUCACAUUUAUGUUCCAAUUUGACUCUGAGCACUAUUCGUCAUGCGUGGAGAUCAUUUUACAAAAGUUCUCGGAAAGUAAUUAUAAACUCUCCAUCAAAGGAGGAGUUUGUGAUACAGGUCACGGUUAUCCCGAGUAAUGCUGUAUUCGAGGCAAAUGUUCAAUACUUUAAACAAGAGUUCAUCCUGCUUGGUGAUAUAUUACGCUUAAACAAAUAUGCCGGACAGUCAUAUUGUGUUUCACGUCAUAAAGACGCCUUAGUUUUGGAAAGAUAUUGUUAUUGUCGUCACUGAUUUGAAGAAGAAAUAAAGGCAUUUUAUCAACAACAAAAAACGGUCGCAUCUUAUUAACAUCUCUGACAUUUAUAAGACUGCUUUGGUUCUAUAUAUGUUUUGUACUUUCGUUAACAUGUAUUUUUACUUCAUGUAUCUUGAAAUGGCACCACAAUUAUGUUUGUUUACUCAUUUAGAAAGUAUAGGGACAAUAUAAUUUCUAUGUGAUUCUUCUGUUUGCGAAUAUUGAAACAAAAUAGUUUUCCUCUGUCCGAAGUUUAGUGAAGACUAUAUUUUUCAAUUGCUCUUGUAAUUAAAUAAUCUCAGUAUUUACUUUAAAAUAAUGCUAGGUGGCCCUCUGAACCCCCUUUUUGAACAAACCAAAACAAAAAUCUCGAAUUAAGAGUUGCAGUACUUUGUUUUUGUCUUUGCUUUUAAUUUUGCAUUCAUGUAUCUCAUUUAAUGCUUAUAUUUGCUAGUUGUCUGGUUAUUUCAUAAGGGAAAUAUGGAAAUAAGACACACAUGUGAUUACACCUUUGAAUUUGUUGUAAAUAGAUCAGGUAUUCAAAAAUUAAUUACACUACACCUUACAGCUGGUUUGUCCUUUUACGACUCAUAGAAUAUGCUAUGGCUAAAACAAGGGAAACCCAAAUUGGUCUUAAAUGCUAUUGAAUCAGGGGAGGGGGAUUUAGAUUAUAUUUAAAUUACGUGUAUAACAUGGAAAUGGCAGGAUUAUACUUGCACUAAUAUAAUUCCAGGCUGUUUAUAACGAUGUGUCAAUUUUUUCCUUAUUGGUUCAUUGUGUUAUCUGAAAUGGAUUAACAAUCGUAAAAAUGACAAA